CUGUGUACCACACAUGCUGGGUAAUUUUGACUUUGAAUCAGCGGUUUUGAUGACUUAUUCUAUUUGUGCUGUAUAUAUAAUGUUUGAAUCGCUAUAAUCUAAGUAAAUCUAGCUAAGAACGCAGCUAGCAGGUGUUAUCUGGCGUUGUCAGUCAUUUUAGUGGAUUGUUUGUCUAUGCACGUGAAUAUCGUGUUAGCAAACUGAAGUUAGCUGCCAGUAGCUCACUUCAGUGUAGUGGUACUCUGGAGGAAAGUCACAUGAAAUCUCUGAUUUGGGCUGUCUGUGAGAUGAAACCGUCUGAACCUGAGGUCCCUGAAGGAGCACCUAAAAUCCACUACCUUAAGCCUGCAGUUUUGUUGGUGUGAUUUCAUCUGGCUGUCUGUUGCUUUGACAUUGAGGUGCUCCAGUAGGGACACUGUUGGCACAAUGGAGACCCCAGUGCAAACUUAAUCUGAGCCCAGAUCUGUGGAGAUGUUUCGGCUCCGGUGUGUGCAUUCCUCCCUUCGGAGGUUCUUCCACGGGGGAGUAGUGACCCGAGACCAGGUUCUGGAGCAGCUACGGGUUUGCUCUGCUGAAGACCAGGUGUUUGAUGUGGUGGGCAAGAACAGGGCCAAGCUCACGGUGAACCAUGUCAGCAAAGCUGUGGGGAUGCUGUGGCAAUUUCAGAGAGAGAAACCCCAAAUGCUCAGGACUGUGGAGCUCAUCAAGAGCCACCCACAGUUCUUGACCCUCCGGGUUUUGGCAGAGAACAAAAUUGCUCUUAUGGAUGAUUUAAUGUUGAUCGACAUGCUUUACACUUUCCUGAGGUUGAAUGUGGACCCACAUGACUCUCUUGUUCAGCAGUUGGUUUCAGAAGCAUGGCUCAGAAUAGACCGAUUUCCAAUGGCUUCCCUGUCCAAGUUUUCCAUCUGCCUAAGUGAUCAGCACCUUCACCACAGUCCUCUAAUGGGCCACAUCACCAGUAUUGUGGAUCAGAGGUUGUCAUCCAUCAAUGAUGCCAGGAUCCUAACUACACUGAUGAUCAGCAUAUCAUCUCUGGUGUCUCCCCGGCUUCGGGAUGCGCUCAUCAGCAGGGCAGAUCAACUCCUGGACAACAUGGAUCCCUCAAAUUACAACAACCCACGGAGAUUGGUACAGUUCCUGCGCAACAUCAAGUACAGUUACCGGCCUCUGCUGGAGAAGUGCAACAAGAUCAUCCUGAGCAACAUUCCCAGGCUGGACGCAGAAAACAUCAGCAUCAUUUUGGGUCUGUAUCAGUCCCUGCAGUUCAACAACUGUGACUUCAGGCUGGCUGUCAAACAGAGACUGACAGAGCUGAUUGAUUCAAGCACGGAUUCCUUCUCCUUCACCAAACUGUUUGUCGCACUGGCUCCGAUGGCCAGUCAGGAGAUCAGAGAAGGGUUGGAGAACACUGCCCUCCUGUUGGCGGACGAGCUCACUGCACAUCAGGCUCUGGCUGUAGCUGAAGCUCUGGAGGAGAUACAGAGCAGGAAUCUUAGCUUACUGAACAAAAUUGCAGUGGUGAUAAAACGGAACCUUCAUGUCUACAAGCCGGUGGAGGUGGCCAGAAUCAGCCAAGCCCUUUUUCUGCUGCAGUACCAGAACCCUGAACUCUUCAAUAUACUAAAAAGCAUUUUGACCAACUUUUUGCAGCGCAGCGUCUUCCCCUAUGAAGUGACCAUGCUGACUCGUGUUCUCUCCAUGCUGCCCAACCUGCGGCUUGACGGAGGCAUGCUCUCACGGGUGGAGGCGGUGGUGGCUCAGUGCAGCCUCAGUGACCUCAACACUAUUUCUUUCGCCGUCGCCAAGUGGAUACGUAACGAUCCCUCCUACCGCUACAACACUCCCAGCAAGUACGUGCGUCUGCUGCAGAACCUGAAGCACUGCGGGCGCGAGCGGCUGCAAACGGCCGACCAGCUGGACUUGGUGCUGGAGGAGCUCAGGCACAUUUCAGGAGAGUGGUUUGAGGAAAUGUUGCUGGAGGAGUCGAUGGCCACGCUCAAGAGGAUGAUGGACCAAAUAAACUGGAGCAAUGUGCCUGAGUUGGCGCUCUUCUUAACCAGGAUAAAUCACCUCUGCCCUCCGCUGAUGGAACGGAUCGCCAGUGUGGUCAUUAAAGACAUUGACAAGAUUCACCACUCAGCAACAUAUGCCACCCUGCUACCCUUUACUGUCCUGAAUUAUGACCCUGUUCAAGCAGACGAGUUGUAUGAUGUUUGUAUUCAGCGCUUCACUCCUCACAUCAGCUCCUUUGACCCACAUCUGCUGGUUCUCCUGGCGUACACUUUGGCUAUGGCCGACUGUUUUCCUGAGGAGCUAGCCAGAGAAAUCUUCAGUAUAGAUUUUCUGGGAAAGCUGGAUGCCCAACUGGAAACUCUACCUGAUACCCUCAACAUGCGGACCAGAUUGCGCCUCAUGGAGCUCAACCGUGCCGUGUGUCUAGAGUGUCCCGAGUUCCAGGUGCCAUGGUUUCAUGAGCGCUACUGCCAGCAGUUGCAAAAGAAAGGGAACAGCUCUUUGAGUCCUGUGCAGCAGCAAAUCCACAAAAUGCUGAGUGAAGUUCUCGGGGGCAUUAACUGUGUUCGAGGAGAAGUUGUCACUCCAUAUUUUUACACCAUAGACUUUGAAUGCAUACUGGACAAACACCUGCAGCCAUUGCCGUACAGCGAGCCCAGCACGCUGCAGAUCUCAGACAGAGGAAAGGUUCACUGGGGGCCGGGCUCAGUGGAAAAUAUCCGGAAUGAGUUGCCACCUGGAGCUCAGCGGGUUGCUGUGGACUUCCUUGAUUCAAGGUCCUUCUGCAAGAACUCUCACCACAUGAAAGGUGAAUCCCUGAUGAAGAAAAGACACCUGGAAAUUCUAGGAUACCGUGUGGUGCAGAUCCCUCACUUUGAAUGGAACUCUAUGGAGCUUUCAACACCGGACGCCUGGAAGGAAUAUCUGAAGAAGAACAUAUUUAGAGAGCUUUCUUCUUGAAGGCCUUAUUUAUUGAACAGUGAAGUAAUGUUACACUCAGUGCUCUGACACAGCUGUGAGAUAAGUCUGAGUAUUUUCAGGCUGAACGACUGAACAGAGUUAAGAAAACAGUUUGUUAACAUACAUCAAGUGCUCUUUAUUUUUAGUCAUUGAGCGUUAAGUUGACAUGAAUCUACCUCAUUCAUGUUAAGUGAGACUAUAUAUUAUGGCUUUUUGUAUUAAAAUGAGUAUUUUAAAUAAAAUACAAAGCUUUGUUAUCUUUUUUUUAAUUGUGUAUCAAACAUGAAUGGGAUAUUCUGAAUUGCAGAGUGAAGUUUCACAUUUCUGGCUAUCAUGUAUAACACGCUGCCUUGAAGGUGAGACAUACGAAGGAUCUUAAAAUCAAGGCCUUGACAUUUAGUAACUGAACCGUUUAGUCAAUUUAAUAUGUUCUGGCUGGUGACUUUUCUCAUAGAGCAGUAUAAAAACGUGUAAAAUGAAAUUUGUUAUGAACAUGCACAGGGCCACAAUAUUUCUGGUCCUGAAUAAUGUUGUUAUUUGCCUUUUUUAAAAAAGUAUCGCUUGAAAACAGAACAAUGGAAAAUGCUGAAUAGACACAGUGAGCCUGUGGUAGAUGAUAUUUUAAACUGAAGAGGUACAAGGUGCCUGUUGCAAUUGACUUAAAACAAAAAUAUGAUUUUCUAUGCAAACCCCAGGCAGCUGGGGCUCACAGGUAAAGGGGGUCAUCCGCUAAUCAGAAGACUGGUGGUUUGACCCCUGGCUCCUCCAGUCUGCAUGUCGAAAUGUCCUUGGGCAAGAUACUGAACCCCAAAUUGCCCCUGAUGUCUGUUCCAAUGGUGUGUGAGUGCAAAUGAAUGGCUGCUGAGUGGCAGGUGGCACCAUGUAUGAUAGUCACAGUCAUUAGUGUGUGAAUGGGUGAAUGUGACAUGUAGUGUAAAAUGCGCUUUGAGUGGUCGGAAGACUAGAAAAGCACUAUUCAAGUGUAGUCCAUUUACAAGUUCACAUUUGUAUUUAAUGGGUGGAAGUAGCAAAUUCUCAACAAGAGAUUUGCCUAGAACAUCAAAAACAACAAAGUCUAGUUAAAACAACAGAAAUAAGCCAA